AUUUAUUUCCAUCUGUCCGUCUGUCCGUCUGUCCGUCUGUCUGCCUAUCGCGCUCAGACAGGCCACAUCAGAACCAAACACACACACACACACCCUCACGCACACACACAUAUAGAUAGCAGUCUCUCUCUUUCGCCCGCUGACCACUUAGUUGACAAGGGAAAUCCCACACACACAUCCAACCCAAAUCCACUCCAGUUCACGCCACGGACACGCGCCACAAUGAAUGCAACAAGAUGAAGUCAGUUUAUCUGUGAAGGACGACGACACAAAGCUGAAAGUAAUAAAGAGGUGAGGUGUCGGUCAGCUGAUCAGUCAACAUCCAUCACUGUGUGGCGGUGGCUGCUGUGUCUGUAGGCGGCGGCCCGGUGAGGCCCAGGGCCUGCCGCUGCAUCUCCUCCUCCGUUUCCCUGAGUGAUUGCACAGACAGACACAUGUGUGUGAGGUAACGAGAGAGGGAGGAGAAGGGAUAUACAAGGCGCACAUCCAAUCAAACACACACGAGGAAGGGAGGCAGUGAGCUUGGCACAUGCCAUGCAUGUGUCAUCCAUCUCUUGCUUGGCGUGUGUGUACGCAUCCAGCCCUCCAUCCAUACAUCCGCCCAUGCACCGCACCCACUUGCAUUGGUUGAGUCUGAUUCUGUAUGUCUCAAUGAUGUCGCGGUACUGCUCCAACGCCUCCAGGAAGUCGUCCAUCGUGAAACCCUGCAAAGCAAAGCGGGCAUGGCAUCCACAACAGAACAGAACGAGACUUGUGUUGGAUGCCCGCCGAAAACAGACAAUAUGCAUGCAGAGUGGGUGCGCAACUGCCUGCCUGUCUGUCUGUCUGUCUGUCUGUGGAGAUGUCUCCCUCUCUCCUCCACACUUGAUCUAUUCGUCGCUUACCUGGGCGAUAUACUGGUGCACGAACGCCUUGUGGUAGAAGAGCUUCAGGAACUUGCGGUACUGACGGAUGAACAGAUUCCGCACCGCCGUCGAGUUGCUCAACAAAGCCGCCUGAUGCACACCACAACAACAAGAAAACCAACAACAACAACAACGACAACAAACACGACACACCAUGUCUACUGCUCUGCCGUAGCUGGGCUCACUGCGCCCACUGACGGACCUGCCUCUUGGUCUUGACAAAAGGCGAGUUGGGCGUGGUCACUGGCGGCACCCCCACAAUGCCGACCUUGAAGCCGAGAUUCUUGAUCCACGGACAGAACCUGACACACACACACGUAUGCAUACAUACAGAGAGGAGGAGUGGAAGGAUGAUGAUGUUGUACUUGGGAAUAUGUGCCCUCGAGGUCGGGUUCUUCAGACGGCGAAUGGCGUCGUAGACCUCACAUGCCUGCAGGCGACCACCCACUCGUCCAGCUGACCUCUCCUCGCUCCAGCCUCACCAACGCUGACUAACCCGCACCCACACCACACCCACAAGUACCUGGACGGGCACGGCGCCGUACCCCGUGUCUCCUUCUCCCCUGAAGACCACACAUGCGGCCUCAAAGCGGUUCUGCAAAAAGUGGGGACCGGCGUCGCAGAGGAGGUUCUUGGACUCGAACAGCUCCUUGGUGAUCUCGUAAGGCGAGAAAUUCUACGACACACCAUACAUGAGACACACAAGCGAGAGACACACAAGGCACGAGGGAAGCUUGGAUGUCUCCUUUCUGUAUUCAACCCACCCACCCGUCCACCCACCUCGUGUCCAGCAGAUUUUUUGGAGCGCACUGGGGCGAGCGAGACAAUCGGAUACCUGGUGAAUCGGAUGCGAUCUCGAUUGAAUCCACGGCCGCCCCCUCACUGCACUUCUGCCUGGACUGACCUGAAUUGGGGCUCUGGAAUGAUAUUGGUGCAUAUUUCGUCGAGUGUGGAGUUGAGCUCGACGUCAUACCUAAGUCGACAGAGCAUUUAUAUGGUUGGUUCGCCUUGGUGGAGGGAGGGAGGGAAGGAGGGAGGGAGGGAGGGACCUACCCACCUUAGCGACAGUGUGGAUGCCGAGACCACCUGCGCCAGCACCGCGUUGAGAUCCUCAAACGUCGGAUUCGAGACCUUCAUCUUGUGCCUGACGUGGCACACAGAGACACGCAUUACAGAGACUCAUACAGGAGCCGACACGUUGUCUGACUGUCAUUGUUGCUGCUUUGGCUGGCUGACCUGCACAUGUUGUAUGCGGCCUGGUUGUCGAGCAUAUAGGAGAGGUCAGCGAGGUGGCGGGACAGCGCUCCGGAGAAGACGCAGUUGUAGGGCUCGACCGUGGUGGUGCCGUGCUCUGCCGAUGGGUAGAUGACGACCUCGAAUAUCUUCUUGUAAGACUCCACGCAGAAGGCGUCACCCAGUUCCUCGAGCGCGUCGACACCCACCCCGCCGCCGGUCCCCCCGCCCCAGGAACGAAACACGAAGAACCCCUGGAAGUUGUCGCACAGGUCGACCGCCAACCGGACUCUGUCCAUCAGCAGCGGCACCUGCUUGCACUGCCGACCCAUCUGCUGCCCUGCACACACACACCACGCAGACAUGCGCCAUUGAUUGAUUGACAAGCGUCUCCUGCGACUCGCUGCGGCUGUUGCGUUGUGUCGUUAUCGUUAUCGUGUGAUGUGUCUUGUGUCUCACGUACCCUGCACGAAGGUGCCUCCGCUGUCCUGCUUGAAGUUGACGAGUGACUCUGGGUGGAAGAGGUGCUUGAGCCGCGAGUUGCGCACCUCGUCUACUGCACUGGGGUCCAGGUCAAACAUGACCGAGCGGGGGACGUACUGACCGCUGCCUGCAGUGUCACAGUGCAGCGCAGUGAGUGCAAUCAACCGGUGUCCAUCGAGACAGAAAUCCCACAUAGGUAUCAGAAAAGCGUCUGGCUCCCUGUCUGUCUGCCUGUCUGUGUGCAUGUCUGUCUGUCUGUCUGUCUGCGUGUCGUGCCUGUGUCGACCGGUUUCGUAGAAGAACGACUCGUGUGGCGCGUCAACGCCGGGCGGGAGGACAGACGACUGGAGCGCAUGCCCGUCGCAACCUAUCUGCGUUGCAAACGCGCGCACACCCAUACAUGCAUGGAGGAAGUGUCAGGGAUCUGCAUAUUCCGCACCUGGUGCUCAGCGCAGAAGAGUUCCCAUACGUCAUAGCCCACCUGCACGCCAGCCUGGCCCAGGUGCACACAGAUCACCUCCUUCACCAUAAUGGGAAUUCUCGCG